UCCCACAACGUUCCCACGCUGUUCUAGUACUACUCUUCACCAUGCUACGGCGUUCAGUCAUACAAGCAGGUCAUGCAUGGUAUCGUUCUCUGAAUGUCCCACUGCGGUACUCGACGUCUAGAGCCAUAGUAGAAACCGACGCGUAUGGUAUACCUCUCAAGCCCACCUGGUCCGUCCAGGAAUUGUUGUCUUCUUAUCCAGCUCCGACGAUAUCACCAGCCACAUUCAAACGAUUGCAUGAACUCUCUGCAUUAUCACCGCCCGAAGAAGGCACACCAGAGUAUGCAAAGCUAAAGCACGAAUUAGAGGAGUUGAUCAAGCUUGUGGAGGCCACGAAGCUGAUCAAAGUGGAGGAGUCGGGGAACAUAGGCAUCCCAGACGGGCGGGUGAUAGCAGAAGGGUCUGGGACACCCCUCGAUAGGACACCACGCGAGGACGAGGAUGUGAGAGGCCAGGAGCUGCUUUCAUAUGCGAGUCGUAGUGCGAAUGGGAUGUAUGUCGUCGAGACAGAUCGCUCUAGAUGAACGCUCCGGUCAUGGUUUUGCAGCAUUGUAUACUUAUCAUAUAAUCAGGAAUCAGCAGACAUCCACGGAGCAUCUACGUUCAACAAUUGCAUACUGGACUAUGCCAACUCGUAAUGAAUAUCGAUCCCGUCG